UCUCGCACAUCCUCUUGCUGCCGAGGAUGAGGCCCUCGCCGAGCUGAGGGGCACGUCGCUGGACGGCGACGGGGUCGCCGACGAGGCCGCGGGCGGCCGGCUGGAGCUGUGGCGGGGCGAGCGGCAGGCGCGGCGGCUCUUCGAGGGCCGGGUGCUGCCGCUGCUGCGCGGGCUCGGCGCGGGGUGGUGGCCGGACACUUCCUUCCGCCUCUUCCAGCGGGCCGCCGGCGCCGUGCUGUCGCGCGGCUUCUGCAUCGGCGGCCGCGGGCCGUUCCUGGUGCCGUUCGCGGACAUGCUCAACCACGCGCCGCCGGGGGACGGCCACACGCGGCUGGAGGGCGACCCGG